UAGCUCCAUUGAUAUCAUAAUUCUCGGAUCAAUCGUCAAUAUGCCAUCAAUUCCAACCCUCAAAGAUGGUGAUGAUCAUGAGAAGCAAUGGUGGGAACCAUGUGAUCCUUCAACAAUCGACCGUGAGCUGCUCAAAGACAAUGAAAUCUACGUUCGUUUCGAUGUCCUAAUCGCGCAAGACCAAGAACGUCGUUCAUCGUGUUUUCGUGUCGAUGCGAAGAAGCUCUUCUUGUAUCCAAUCGUCGCAGCCCAAUUAGCCUCCAACGCCAACAUACCUCCACACUACGUUACUGAGGAACUAAAGCAAGAGGUUUUCAACUCCAUUCAUUCGAUCGGGGGAAGGAGAAGCGGGGCCAAGUUUCUUAUGCACUUUGGUGAAGGAGAAGCUGAGUUGGGAGAUCAUGGCGUACGUCCUGCGAGCAAUCGAUCGAUCAAUAGAUUGGAGAAGAUGGCGAAGGAUGAGAUGGAAGGAUUGGCGGCAGGUUCGGGGAAUUAUUCGUGUUCGAUAUGUUUGGAUGAGUUAUGGAAUGGGUUGGAAGGUCGGCGGAUGCCGUGCAAGCAUGCGUUUCAUUCGAGUUGUAUUGUGAAGUGGCUGAAGAAGAGUAAUAUGUGUCCCUUGUGCCGGUAUGAGAUGCCUAAGGCUAGGAAUUAUUUUUGCCCAACAUGUCGUACUCCCUUUUCCUUGGGCAUUAUUUUGGGUAUUUACUAUUAGGGAUUGUUUGUAUUUCGGAUUUAGGAUUUGUUUCCUUUGAUUUCUUGAGGCAGUUGGAGUCUUGGAGAUUAGGGAUUAGUUGCAUGUUUCUUUUCUCUCUUUUUUUUAUGAUAAAAGAAGAAUUGAUGAGUUCUUA